AUGAGCUCUCUAUAUCGUGAGAUGCUGCUCGUGAUGGCCGCAUGCCUCAUGUUGGCCAUCAGCAAGGUCAAUGGCCAGGAUAUUGCUCCUCCAGCCGAAUAUUUGCAGUUCCCUGUCCAACGUCAGCUCGACUGGCACCGCAUGGAGUACUACGCCUUCAUCCACUUUGGGCCCAACACAUUCACCGAUGAGGAAUGGGGUAGAAGCCAGCAGACUCCUGACGUAUUCAGCCCGACGGCGCUCGACACCGACCAGUGGGCAAAGUCCUUUUCCGAUGCGGGCAUGUCCGGCAUGAUCUUAACGGCCAAACACCACGAUGGCAUGGCGCUGUGGAACACCUCAACUACUACUUACAAGAUUGCCAACGGCGGCUGGGCCAAGAAUCGCUCAGCAUCCGGGCUGCAAGCGGAUGUGGUCCGCAUGGCAGCCGUCUCAGCCAAGAAAUUUAAUCUCAAGUUUGGCGUUUACUUGUCACCCUGGGAUAUUCACCGUGACCCAGCUAUGCCCAAACCACUACUCAACGGCACUAUCUACGAUGAGCCCCAGAUCUUUGGUGAUGAUACUGCGGGCGACUACAACGAUCUCUACCGCCGUCAACUCACGGAACUCGUCAACAUGACUCUUGAAGACGGCAGCCCCGUGUCGCUCUUUGAGAUCUGGCUGGACGGCGCCAGCGGCUCCAGCACCGUUCAAAGCUUUGACUGGGCUGGGUUCCGGGACAUCAUCCGCUCUCACCAACCAGCGGCAGUCAUGUGGGGUCACCAAGGCGUGGACGCUCGAUGGGUGGGCAACGAAGACGGCGUCACGGUCUCCACCAAUUGGCAUACCAUCAGCCGGACGCAGGACCAAGAUCGCCUGAGCGAAACAGAUCUCGAGACAGGGCUGCGAGAUGGACUGUACUGGACCCCUGCCGAGGCCGACGCUCGGGUUCGCACCGGCUGGUUCUGGCACGCCAAUGAACAGCCCAAGACGGGACAACAGCUCUUGGACAUGUACCUGCAGUCUGUUGGGCGGAGCGUCAGUCUUCUGCUCGAUGUGCCGCCGGAUACAACGGGCCAAAUUACCCAGGAGGACAUCAAUGCUCUCAUGAAGUUUAAAAGUCUCAGGGACGCCUUCCUUGGUCGGAACUUGACCGGUCCCGAGUCAGUUGUCACAGCCAGUAGUGUUCGAGGCGGGAUCAACUCUACCACGUUCGGCCCUGCAAACGUUCUGACCUCUUCACCUGAUACUUAUUGGACCAUGGAAGAUGGGGAACGUACCGGCUGGGUCGAGAUUGAUUUGGGUGGCACGGUGCUCGUCGAUGCCUUCGUCGUCCAAGAGCACAUUGCACUCGGCCAGCGAGUCGGCGGAUAUGCCAUUGACUGCGUUGUUAACGGAGCUUUCAAGACCGUUGUUAACGGUACUUCACUUGGCUAUAAACGGAUUGACAGACUCGAAGCGGCCGUGGAGACCUCCCGUGUCCGCUUCCAGGUCACGCAAGCAAAUGCUGUGCCUCUGAUCCAGAGCAUCCUAGUCCUCGGCACCAAGCCAGUAUGA